UAGGGCCGCCGUCGACCGCAGAACCAAAACGAAGCGAGAGAGAGAGAGAGAGAGAGAGAGAGAGAGAAAGCGAGCGAGCCGAAGCAAAGAGUGGAGAAGGCAAGGAUGUCGUCGAAAUCGGUGAUCGAGCACGAGGUGGUGGCGAACCACGACGCCCUCCGCUUCGGGUUGCACGCCGUCAAGGGCGACGUUGUCGGAUCCCAUCCCCUCCAAUCCCUUCGCGAAUCCACGGGUAAAAUUUGGGAGGAGAAGAAGCGGAUGGGGUUGGACCUUACCUACGGAACGGCUUUCAAUCUGAGGAGAGAUCUCGAUGCCCAAAUUCUCUCCAGAUUCCAAAGACCUCCUGGAGCAUUGCCCUCUUCCAUGCUAGGAUUUGAGGCUCUCACUGGUGGCUUGGAUGAUUUUGCUUUUGAAGAUUACCUUAACUUGCCACAGGACUCGGAAACAUUCAAGCCACUGGACAUGCAUCACGGGAUGGAAGUUCGCCUUGGCAUAUCAAAAGGACCUGUUUGUCCAAGUUUCAUCUGAAGUUAUUGUUCUAUGUUGGGUGACACUGGCAACAUUUGCUUCAUGAAACAUGUUAUGAGACGUCAUUUGAUAUUUUGAACUUGUUCGACAGUGACAUUGAGAUUUAUCUAAAUGUACUUGAACAAGUGAAAUGAUGAAUCAGGACUUCUUGCGCUUGCAUUA